CUAAGUUUCUUGGGGUUGCAUAUCAUAAAGUCUCAGCCAAGAGCACUGCUGCUCCUUUUUUCUUGAUGUUGCUGUGAACUGUGUGGUUACUUUUGCAUGCCCAUAACGUCUGUUUAAUUGUACUUCUGUAAAUCAACAGCAUAUUACAAAACAUCACAUCUCCACUAUUUUCUUCCAAAAGGAAACUGCCCUUCUAGUGCAGCCUCACCUUUGGGGGGAAACAGAGAAUGUGAAUAUAUUCUGAUCACCAGACGUUUGUUUUGCUGCAUGUUUUCUAAUGUAUAGGGAAACUGUCAAUUGUUAACAAGAAGGAUGUCAUCCAAAGGACUCAUUUGUAUUUGCAGAAGAAAAUACUGGAUAUCAUAGCUCUGGGUUGGCUGUAAAGACUGAAGCCAUGCAAACAUACAAAGAAUAUGGAAGAUAUGAAUACUUUAUACUGAAACCUUGCACUUAAAUACAAAGAGUGUACAGUUAUAGAUGAUGUCACCUUGAUAUAGUUUGGAAGUUAUGAAGGAGUAUUGCAGAUAUAGCUUUGCUUGCAGCCAGUGUAGAAUUAUGUGCCACUCUGCCCUUAGGGCUGGAAGGUACAGGUGCUAUUACUAUUGUUUUGUUAUGAAGAAUGAAAUGCACCAUCCUCCACUAAACUGCCUGUACUGCUUUGUGACCUGAACAGAAAUCUGUGCUGCAGCUGAAAAAGCUAAAGCUUUUCCAUAAGCUUUUAAUAAAAAGCUUAUUUAUUUAUUAUUUCUCUGUGUAAACCACCCUGAGCCAUUUUUGGAAGGGUGGUAUAGAAAUCGAAUAUAUUAUUAUUAUUAUUUUACACAGUCAGACAGGUGUUAUUGACUGGUUUGUUUUAUCCAGACAUCGAGUCCUUCCCAAGGACCUGGGAUGCCAGAAUUUUAUUGUUAUAGAUAUCGUCGCAGAAUAUAGGCUGUUCCCAGUAAAGCUGCUUUUUGUAAUUGGUUGAUGGUGAUUUCUGUGGCCCCUAUGGUGUUGAGGUGCUCUUCAAGGUCUUUUGGAACUGCACCCAGGGCGCCAAUUACCACUGGGGUUAUUUUGGUCUUUUUCUGCCACAGCCUUUCAAUUUCAAUUUGUAGAUCUUUGUAUUUUGUGAUUUUUUCCCAUUGCUUUUUCUUCUAUUCUGCUAUCCCCUGGUAUUGCUAUGUCGAUUAUUUUGACUUGUUUUUCUUUCUUCUCAACUACAGUUAUAUCUGGUGUAUUGUGUGGCAGAUGUUUGUCUGUUUGUAGUCGGAAGUCCCAUAAUAUUUUUACAUCUUCAUUUUCUUCAACUUUUUGAAUUUUAUGGUCCCACCAAUUUUUGGCUACAGGUAGCUUGUAUUAUUAUUAUUAGUAGUGGUAGUACGGAGUGCAAUGCAUUCUGUGAAGCCAGCUUUAGUUCUUUCCUGGUUGCCAGGCAGUGAUGUAAGUAGAAAAAAAUCUCUUGUUUUUGGGAUGGCAUCCAGAGUGCAGUCUUGGGUAUGCCAAGCUAACAUUUAGAGGCACAUGGGUUGGACCAACCAAAGGAGCAAGUGCUUUUUGACACAAAUCAGCUCUGCUCUCCAGUGAUAUAAAUGGUCUUGUAAAUGGCUCUAAGAAUUUCUUUGGAGGGCUGUGCUCCAGCCUAAAAUCUAGAAUGAUUUUAAAAUCCUGAACUUUUUCCAUAGCAAUUUUCUGGCAUUAACCUUUAACAACCAGCAGUAGCACAAUAUCCUAUUCACAUGUAAUGAAUAGGGAGUUAGCAAUUAGUCAAUCCUUUUUUUUUUUAAGUUUACAAAAUAAGCAAAAGGAGACUCACAAGCCAAUCACUUCCCCCUCCUCCUACCUAGGUUUUUACAAACAUGUGAUCGAAGAUUGGGAGCAUGCACAUGUACUGAAAACAUGCUUGGAAAAGUAUCCCCAAAACAGUGCUCCACAAACUCAAGAGUAUUGCUUCUUAUACUUAGUUUCAAGUCCUAAGUUGGGGGUAAAGCCUACAACUCAGCUGAAAAGCACCUAUUUUAACUAAGCAGUAAAUAGAAAGUGAUGGUGGUGACUAAAUAAGGAACAGAAGCUGGAGCAAUUGAAGUGCAAGAGGGUGUCUGAAAUGUGGACAUACAAAAUGGACAUUAAUCAUUUGGAUUUUUUAAAAGCAAGUAUAUAUUUUCUCCUUGUAGACCUACGCAAUAACCCUGCUCCUACAUUUUUCACUAUACUCCAGAGCCCAACAAUAAAUUACUUAACAAAGACAUCUAUCAAAAAUAUUUUUUUCCAAGCAAGGGAGCCCAAAAACCCCCUCAAAAUGGCCCUGGAUAGCAUAAGAGAAUAUUGACAAGGGUUGCUUCUUGAACCCAUGAGAGAAGGGAAUCAAGCUGGUCAAAAAUCUGCUAUAGUUACGGAACCUAGAUUCUAUCUGAGUAUUUUGCUUCUGAGACUCCCCACCCCCUCCUUCAUCACCUGUGGGAAUCAUGACCAACUUGAUCAGAUCACUGAGUCACCUGGAUGGAGACAGUGUCCCCCCAAAACUGUGCAAGAUGAGAGAUGCUAACCUUGUUAUUCAAGCAGGGCUUUUGUCUGCAUUGUCCCUUAGGUAAGGCAGACACGGCAUGGCAUCUUUCCCCUGUAGCUUCAGCAGGGAGGGCUGGACCAGGUCAGGCUAGGGCGACAGCUGGCAGGGGGGAUUUACCUAGGGUAUUACUGAGCACCCAGUGGGUAAAUGGAGAAACACAAGCUAAUUCUGGAGCCAUAAUCCUCUUCCUUCUCCCUGUUGGAGCCAGGCAUGUCAGUCACGCAGCGGAGACCCAGCCACUGGCACAGGCAGCUUCUACACCGGACUCUGUAGAGAAUGUUGAGAGCCUGACCAUGGGUGAAGUGCAGAAGGGGCUGCUCUCAGUCAUCCAAAAACUUAAGGGCUCUGAAGAGCAGGAGUUGCGGAUUGUCCUGCUAGGGCUGGACAAUGCUGGCAAGACCACUUUGCUGAAGCGUCUGGCAUCGGAAGAGGUCAGCACCAUCACCCCCACACAGGGAUUCAAUAUCAAGAGUGUCCACUCUCAUGGCUUCAAGCUCAAUGUUUGGGACAUAGGGGGACAGCGGGCCAUCCGUGCCUAUUGGAAGAAAUACCUAGGCAGCACAGACAUGCUAAUCUAUGUUAUUGACAGUGCUGACCAGAAACGCUUUGAGGAGACUGGGCAGGAGUUGUCAGAACUUGUGGAAGAGGAGAAUCUCAUUGGUGUUCCAUUGCUGGUGUUUGCUAACAAGCAAGAUUUAGCAACAGCAUCCCCUGCAGCAGAGAUUGCUGAAGGGCUGAACCUGCACACGUAUCGGGACCGGCCAUGGCAAAUCCAAGCAUGUUCAGCCCUGUCUGGUGAAGGGGUCCAGGACGGGAUGAACUGGAUUUGUAGCCAGAUAUCAAGUCGGAAAAAAUGAUAGUGUCGAGCACAGGAAUGGAGUCUUAUCUCUGAGGAAUCCCCAGGUCACAGUCUCAGUCCCAGAGAUACAGAAGUACUAUCAGCGCCUGAGCCAAGAUUCCAGAGUGAGAAAGGAAUUUACCCUGGAAUAAUUCCUUGAGUUCUCUUUAAAAGUCUGACAUGAUCAGCAAACAACUAUCCCAUUCUUCAAGAUUAACACAUCUGAGAAACUGAACAUGCUACAGGAGCACAGAAGCCCAUCUGAGUCACAUUAGGUGCUGUGUAGGAUGACUCUUGGAGUACAGGUCAUGCCCAAAUUAGGUGAAAUUUUGAGAGUCACCUAGGAACUAUGAUUGUGGCUAAGUUCUUACACAAAGCAGUGAAAAUUGCAAUGCAAAUCUCAAGCACAAAAUAUUAUAUUUGGACAUAUACUACAUGUUGACUCUUCAAGCACCCCAGCUGCAUCAGCUGAUCCACCAAUAUUCUAGACGCAUCUUUGGGUUUCCCUUGCUUCCAUCUACAUUGUAUACAACAUUUGUACUGUCAUGGAUUCCCAGCCCUCAUCAUGUCCAUUCGUGAUUUACAUUUACUGAUCACAUAUUAACCUAGAGACAAUAAAAGUGCUCUAAGGCUAAAUAGCUAUAUGAUUUCCUACAUUUCCAACUGGAGCCAGAAGGAAGAGAUCCAGGGAAAACAUUUUAUUCUGUACUUGACAACUCUGCUGUUGACUUGACCCAAAGGAGUUGCUGCGGAAAAUUCAGGGAUCCCUGGAGAUUCAUGGUGCAAAUGCUUCCAAUUCAUGCCCAGAAAAGACAGAAGAGAGUUAGGUUGCCAACACCUCAGAGCUGGAAAAGGAAAGCUCCAUCCUGCCAACAUCUUUCUACUCAUGGGGACCCUUGCAAGAAAAGCAGCGAAAGAGAUUGCUUGACUGAAUACGCUCUUGGCAGCCCAGGAGCUCCCGCCAGGUGGGACGUAACAAGGAAUUCAACACGGAGUUUUGUUCCAAUAAAGUAGCCUGUAGCCUCUAGACUGGACGUCAUUUCUGAGCUGCAAAUGAUCCCAGAGUACCAUUCCUGUAGUCCAUCAGAUCUGCAGUUAACACAAGAUUAGUAAAUGGGACAACUGCUCUUUAACUUCAAGAUUUAACCUUGAAGAAAAUGAAAUAAGUCAGCUUGGUGUAUUACUGAGAC